UAAACUUCGAGCCAAACUUGGGUUGAAGCCUCUGGAGAUCAACACAGUCAAAAAAGAGACUGGCAGCAAAGAGGACCCGGUGGCUGCAGAGGUCAUCAAUCCGAUCGCCCUCAGGCAGCGAGAGGAGAUCCGGGAGAAAUUGGCAGCCGCCAAGGAGAAGCGGCUUUUAAAUCAGAAACUUGGGAAAAUCAAAUCGCUGGGUGAAGAUGACCCCUGGCUGGACGAUACGGCGGCCUGGAUUGAGAGAAGCCGGAAGCUGCAGGUGGAGAAAGAGAUGGCAGAGAAGAGGGCCAAGCUCUUGGAGGAGAUGGACCAGGAAUUUGGCAUCAGCAGCCUCGUGGAGGAGGAAUUCGGGCAGAAGAAGAAGGUGGGCUACAGUGCCCAGGACCUCAAAGGCCUGACUGUGGAGCACACCAUCGAUUCGUUCCAGGAAGGACAGACGGUGGUCCUGACCCUCAAAGACAAAGGCGUCUUGGAGGAGGAAGGUGGCGAUGUGCUGGUGAACGUCAACAUGGUGGAUAGGGAGAAGGCCAAAAAGAAUGUGGAGCUGCGCAAGAAGAAACCGGAGUACAAACCCUACGAAGAAGAGGAGAGCGUGGACGACAUGGUGGUCGUAAGUCUCCGUCCGCCCUUCCUCUUGGGGUUCCCUGACAGCUUCACCACAUGUAACGGUGUCGAUCAGUGUUUCUCCAUCUUGACCACUUUAAGACGUGGACUUCAACUCCCAGAAUUCCCCAGGCAGACGAGAGAGGGAGAGAAUCUUCCGUAAGGCAGAUGCCACAGCAGAGAAUGCGUGCCUCCUGCCAUUGGC